UGCCUUUGAAACAAUAACCUAGGCGCCUUCUAUUAAAUUUUCAAGCUUUUUUACUCAACAGAUAAAAUUGUAUUGAUAUUUAUAGAAAAAAAAACUAAAAAUUAUUUAAAUAUUUUUCACUUAUAGUAGAAUCGACUCCUGAUGUAACAACACGAGAUCAACUCACAGUGUUUAUGAUAGCGAAAAAAGAGUGGUGAAAAUCAUAUGAUAUUUUUUUUAAAUAUAUAGAGGCGGCAAAUUUUAUAUUGCCCGGGGCGGCAAUUUGGCUUAAUGCGGCACUGUUUAUCAUAGAGUAAAGAAUAUAAUAUUAUACAUAAUAGGUAGCCAGGUAGGUAUGUAUUAUUAUACAUUUAUACCAUAAUAUGAUCUAAGGGGUAAACUAAAGUAUCUACUAGAUAAUUAAAAUUAUAAAAAACGAACACAAUACAUAUACCUAUAACAAAACAACUUUAUUCGUCAUUUUUGUAUUUAGACAUACCUAGGUAUUUAUUAUUACGGUCAAAACUCGGUUAAUGGACGUGUCGAGUACAAAUAUGACUUCAAAUCCUUCUAACAAUUGCAUUGUAGCCGCCGAAAUGUCAAAUAUUUAUAUUUUCAUAAUAUUUAUGGGGUUCCGACGGCUACACAAUAUACAAAGGCUAUACAGCUACAACCUACACCUACAAUAACAGAUAGGUAGUAGCAUUGAUUAUGAAUACCGCUGCUGAAAUAGCAUCUGCAAAUAACUACUUAACAACAGAUAUGUAACUUUACUGGGCAUAAUAUUCUAGUUUAGCAACCAGUGAUUCUUUUUGUAAAAAAGUAAUUAUUUAUGAUUAAUUGACUUUGAUAGUUAAAAUUAAAACUAACCUAUCCUACUUACUUUUGAAGUCAUAUGUUUUUUGAACAGUUAUCUGCUGAUGCUAUUUUAGUUGCAGCACCAAUUAUUUUUUUUUUUUUCGGGAGAGUCGAUAUUUUUUGAACCGGUCAUUAAUUGAUGUCCCAUACCCCGUCUUUUCUUUGUACAUAAUAUUUACCGCAAAACUAUUUUUUUUUUAACAUUUUAGAAAAAACUUAAAAAUUUCCAUAAUAUAUUUCGUCAAAAUUUAAUCUUCAGGCACUCGUAUAAAAUAUUUAUGAAAUUAGGUACGCUGAUUUUUUUUUAAUAAUUCCCAUUUCAAACAUUUUUUAAAGGUAAGUUAAAAUUACUUAAUGUUUUAUUUAAGUAAUAUAAAUACAUUUUAAGUGACCUUUGUAUUGUGUGUUUAAGUGCCAUUGUAAUAUAUAGAUUAAGUUAACAUUUAGGUAAGUAGGUAUACCUACUAGUAACUAGUUAAACAUCAAUAUAUGAUUUCCUGUUUUGUUCCUGUUUUGUUUAUGUUAGAUAUGAAAAUUCAUAGUUAUGUUUUUAUAAGAUUGCUAAUGUAUAAUAACAAUAAACAUAUUGUUCAAAAUUGCAUAAUAAUAAUAAAUGUAGGUAUUUUGACAUUUUGGUGUCACAUUAUAGCUCAAUGGACAAUAUGCUAUCACUAUAUAUUAUGUAGAUAUUGCAGUAUUGAUGUAGAUGUCAACUGUGGUCCAGUCACUCUAUAUUAUUUCGAGAGUCAGAUGGUCUGUAAUCUGUUUUGUAUACAACUAUCAGUCUAUCGAUCCGCAUAAUAUAGCAGUUUCAAAAAUUUCAGAGCUUAGAAUGCCAGUUACCAAAAAUCACUCAAAAGAUGAUUUAUUGGAGACCAGAAAACCAAAAUCGUUGACAAUAAAUGUUAACCGAUGUCGCAGUACAACGACUUAUAGGGAAGAUGAUUCCGAAGCUGCAAAUCUGGAAAUGUGUGAAUGUUCAUCAGUUCCUCUGCGAAUAGAAGAAAAUGUUUUAUUGAGAAGCAUGGCGGUCAAUCGAGGAAUAAUACAACAAUUUGCCGAGUGGUAUAGCAAACAAUCUACAAUGCCUUUGCCGUAUUUAAUUGGCAUACCAUUUGGUUGGCUGUUGCUUGGCACAUUUCAAUAUUAUGUGUGUAUCGUCAUUUUGGGUGACAGUUUCUUAGACCCAUGGUAUUUCACGUGUGCUUGGAUAGUGGAAUUAAUUUCUACGCUCCCCGUUAUUAUGAUUAUCACGAUCAUCAAAUGUGUUUACGUCCAAGUGGAAAUACUGGAACACUGUGAAAAAGUUACAUGGAUUGGUUUUACAUUUUUACUUUUUCAAGGGUUGGCCAUUAUAAUACUUCUGCUUCCAGUUAGCAAUUUAUUUAAAUACAUGUUCGGCGAUUUUUCACGACCGAUAAAUUUUUUUAUUUAUUGGAUGAUGUUAGCUUUUCCACAUAUCACAAUCUUAUGUUUUGCAACAUUUGGUUGUUGUUCAAAGGUACAUACAGUUAACAUACAACCAGUUGGAAAUGUCAUUAAUCAUUGAAGGAUAUUUAGAUCGUUUUCACGACAUUUCCAUUACGCUAAUAGCUGGAAAAAGCAUGAAACUAUAGAAGCACAUUUCGAAACAACUGACCGGCAGGCAGCAAUAAAUAAUGAUAAUAAUAUUGAACUACAAGAACUUAAUUACCAUCCUAUAUUUAGAACUAAAUAAUACUAAACUACAAUUUAAUAUGUUAGGUACCUAUACCUAUGUUUUUUUUUAUCAUAGCAAGCAGAUGAGUAUUUUUUAUUGUAAUAAUAUAUAAAUAUUAUAUAAAAUGUAAAUAUAGUGAGUAUUUAG